AUGGCCAAGCGCGACGUGAAAAAGCGGCGGCUUGCAGAGGCGUUUGCGAUGCAUGCGGACCAAGAAGAAAGUGCCGCUGCUGGCCGGCCUGUGCGCCGAAAAAAAGUAUGCCCGACGUGUCGUGCGCAAGUGCUCGCACCGCCGUUGGAGCUAUGGGCGCUCAAGGGCGUGCUUGAAACGGUGCGAGAGUAUACAGGUGUGCAACGCCCACUAAAUGAAACACACAAAGCAUUGUGGGACGGUGCGUGCAAGCUGCGACUAAUCGCAGAACUGUUUGAUCCCGCCACGUUUUACCAUGUUAUUCACGAUCAGGAGGACGACGUACUUCGUGGAAUCGUAUACGAAGGGGUGUCAGAUGAAGAGCGCAACAUGCGGCACUCGGAGGCUGUGAAUGUAAAUUCGGACGUAUCGGAAGAAGGGGAUAGCGACGAAGCUGGGUCGCUAGAGGAUUUCGUGGUCGGCGACGGCUCGGUCGAGUCGUCAGACGAUGCGUCAUCUGACUCGGAUAUUCAAAGUGUAUCGCCACCAGAUACGCGGUGUACAUUAGACUCAAAUGCACGGAGAGCACGGCUACAGGAACUGCGUCAUUCGCGGGCACGCAAGCACGGUCGUAGCCUGCCUAGCUCAGACGACGAGGUGAUCAACGUGCGGAGCGACAGCGGCGAGAGCAAUGACAGCGUCGAUGACGACGAAGAGACUGGGGGUGAAGAGAAUACACAAUCCUAUCUGCUCAGGUCUGCGGAAGAGGAUAAUGAGGAUCUAUCGGAAAGCGACUAG